AAUACAAAGGAAGUACAUUUGACACGGAUGGUUCGGAGAUAAACACACAGCAGUGAGAGGAUCAACAUGAGAGCAAGAGAUAAAAGUAAAUCGUUGAGGAAGAAUGACACGCUGGAGGAGUAAAAAAAGAAAGAAAAGAAGACAAAAGAAAAGUGCGGCGUAAAUGGAUUUUCCUGAAGCCACUGUUUCUGCAGUCGCUUUCACGCCUCCACUGCCCUCAUAUACUGAAGCUAUUCAGAGUCCACAAUCUUUAACACCACCUCCUACUUAUGGGGAAGCAGGUGUCCCGCCUCUGCAGUUGAACAACACCACGUCUCCUUAUCCUAUCCUCAGCAUUCCCACAGAGGUCACGGCCGUACAUCAAACACAGCAAGUGUUUGCUCAGCCGUCACCCCAUCAGGUAAAUCCACCGCAGCUGUUGGGUGGAAGACUGGGUGAUGCUCCCACUGUGAUUAUUUGCCCGCACUGCCAUCACCAAAUUACCACCAGUGUGCUUUAUAAACCCGGAUGUGCAGCAUGGGGCAUGUGCUGUCUGCUUACACUUCUGGGGCUCAUCUGUGGAUGCUGCUUGAUUCCCUUCUGCAUUCAAACAUUUCAGGAUGUUCAUCAUUCAUGUCCUGACUGUAAAAGAUUCUUAGGGACAUAUGUUCGCUAACACACACACACACACACACACACACACACACACACACACACACACAUGACUAUAAUAUAAAUAAUAUAUAUAUAUAUAUAUUAUAAACUAUAAUAUAAAUAUUUUGGAUCAUGGUAUGAUCUGUAUGAACACUAAAUUGAUAAAUGUGACGCGCUCAUGCAUUCUGAGUGGAUGUAGACAGCAGAAGCGUUUGAUGAAUUAAUAGGCGCAGAAACUAAAAUGAAUCUAAUCAAUACCCAGAAUAUGAAUUCUUGUAUAUUAUUAAAUAAUGAGCCUCGGUUGGAUUUGGGUAUUUACAGAGUGAUGGUCCGAGGUGAACUUACUGUAUUAAUAACACACUUCUGUCUGAAGCAUCUGCUAUAUAAAGCUCACUCGUUUUACUCCAGCCUGUACAUUUCUUUACUGUAGAUUUCACUUCCUGUAUAGAUUUCAUUGUGUUUCUGCAGUAAAUGGUGUUUUUUGUAUAUGAAA